AGCAGUAAUGGAAAUGUUGGUGCAGGCGAUGGCACUGAGAAUGCCUGUCAACCGGGACGCGAUCCAGGCAUUCGGGCGCAAAGCUCGUCGUGCUCUCGAGAACGCAGCAUCUACGGACGCCGAGCGUGUGCAGUACAGCGGCUUCAACGCGUCCGAGGGGUGGGUAAAGAAGAUCGUCAAGCCCAACAACCUGCACUCCCGUACACUCCACGGGGAAGCAGGCAGCGUCGACGACGAAGCCAUCGCCGAUCGCCUCAGAGUAAUCCGCGAGACGUGCGCUCAGCAUGCCCCAGAAUGCGUCUACAACGCCGACAACUCGGCUGUGCUACAGGAUCAUGCCCAAGGCUACAUGCCUCGCACCAUCAGAGCUCAAGAAGGCCGUGCGAGGCGUGAAAGGUAUGAGAUCGAAGGAUCGAGUCACCGCCUACAUGGCUACGAGCGCCAGCGGGCGUAAGGUGCCGCUGUCUCUUAUCGGCACAGCCAAGGAGCCUCGGUGCUUCAAGAUCCGGGGCUCAACCAUCAAGUACUUCAGCCAGAAGAACGCGUGGUCGGACGCGCGAGUGUUCAAGCCGUGGUGGUCGCAAGUGUUCCUGCCACACGUGCGCUCCGUCACCAGCGACAAGGUUCUUCUCAUCAUGUACAACCACAGCUGCCACGCCGACCUCGUAGACCCCAAGGAGCAGCCUGGAAAGUGCGGGACGAAGCUGCUGGGGAUUCGCGUCGACACGAUGACGUCGGCGGCGCAGCUACGGGAGCAGGCGAAGGAACGCAAGGUGAUUCGGGGCUGCAUGGGGCUCGCGGAAGGAGCGCAGCCUCACAUCCUGGACGCAGCUGAGCUAGGCCUCGAGGCGUGGAAGGAAUUUUUGCCGGAGACAAUCAAGAGGUGCUGGAGGAAAUGUGACACCCUUCCUCCUGCGGUGCACGCGGACCUCGACCAGGACGUGGGAAAGAAUAUCCGCAACAAGAAGGAGAGUCUCGAAGAGUUGACAGACUCGGUGCAGCGUCUUUCACUUGAGACGAAGAAGACAACUGUCGAUGAAGACCUUGGCGAGGCGCUUAAGGGUCUGGGGUUGACACCUGGCGCAACGCCAACCCGGGCUUCCAUCGAAGCCGUGCAGACAUGGAUGCGUGCAGAGGAAAAAGAGGGUGUAGCGGAGGCGAUUAUAGCAGAUCUGAAGGACGAUCUUUGUGGGGAGUAG